CGUGCGGUUCAUUCCAAAAAUUUAGCGCCGAUGCGAGAGUGAUUUAGAGUGUGAUUUCGUGCAAACAUGAAAUUGACUUAACGUCUGUGCUAAGUGAGUAAUAAGAAGAAUUUUCGAAAGUCAAACCAAAUUGACUGCACAAAAAGUAAAUUUUAAAAUAACCAAAAAUUUUCGCUUUUGCGUGAGUGAACAAUGUGUGUAGAAACUCCUAAGCAAGUAGAAUGAAAAUUUUAAGAACCUGUGAACACCUUUCGAAACAUUGAAAUAUUUGUGCAAAACUGAAAAAAUUAAAUUACUGAAAAGUAAACAUAAAAACGCUUAAAACUCUAGCAAAAUUUUCAUAUUGCCGUUCUCUAAAAUGGUACGCAGCUUAGCGCAGUGGACGAAAACCCUUAGUUUUCCUUCACGUCUAUCGCCAAAUCGCAACUCAAAAGAUUGCACUAACCUGAACGCCACUAGUCCCGUGCCACCACCCACACCGCCAAGGAAUAAAACUACAACAACCAACGGCAACAACAACAACAACUGUGCAACGUCACGUUCCUCAUCGUCGACAGAGUCAUCUUCAUCGCACUCGGCUUCGACGGCAAAUAUUUCACCAACACCCACAACCAUGGGCGUCAACAAUAGUGCCAAUAGUAAUUGCAAUGGCAACAAAAACAACAAACAUAAUUUGCCCAUCACGGAACUGGAGCAAAUUAUCUACCCCGGCCCCGAUCCCAAACAAGCCAUCAUGGGUUCACUCGUCUUCUGCAUACACCAUAAACAGGGUUGCAAAUGGUCCGAUGAGCUGAGAAAAUUAAAGGGCCACUUGAACGUUUGCAAGCACGACGCCACCCAGUGUCCGAAUAAGUGUGGUGCACAAAUUCCUCGCAUCAUGAUGACCGAUCACCUACAGUUCACCUGCAAUAUGCGACGCACAAAAUGCGAGUUCUGUCAAAGUGAAUUCUCUGGCGCUGGCCUCGAAGAGCAUGCCGGCACUUGCGGCCAAGAGCCCAUCUAUUGCGAGGCCAAGUGUGGUCAGCGUGUGCUGCGCGGUCGAAUGACGCUACACAAGUCAAAGGAUUGUGCCAAACGCUUACGUCGUUGCAUACACUGCACACGCGAAUUCUCCUCCGACACACUACCGCUGCAUGCAGCCCAGUGCCCACGUGCGCCUAUGACAUGUCCAAAACGCUGUGAUGCAGGUCCUAUUGCACGCGGCGACAUGGAGGGGCAUUUGCGUGAUGAAUGUAAGGCACUAGCGAUUGCAUGCAGUUUCAAGGAGGCCGGCUGUCGCUUCAAGGGACCACGUCACAUGCUCGAAGCUCAUUUGGAAGCAAAUGCAGCGUCACAUUUGUCACUCAUGGUGGCGCUCUCUUCACGCCAAGGACAACAAAUACAAAUGCUGAAGACCGCUGUUUCGAAGCUUUCGAUCAACUACACCGGCACGUUGCUGUGGAAGAUUACCGAUUGGUCGGCCAAAAUGACAGAGGCGCGCAACAAAGAUGGACUUGAGUUGGUUUCGCCGCCAUUUUAUACCUCGCAAUAUGGUUACAAGUUACAGGCUUCAAUGUUUCUCAAUGGCAACGGACCGGGCGAGAACACGCACGUAUCGGUGUAUAUCAAAGUGCUGCCGGGCGAAUAUGAUGCGCUACUGAAAUGGCCAUUCUCGCACUCGAUCACAUUCACACUCUUCGAACAAGGUGCGCAGAGCGGACAGGGCGGUGUGGCUGAGUCGUUUGUGCCCGAUCCGACAUGGGAGAACUUCCAGCGGCCCUCGAAUGAACCGGAUCAGUUGGGUUUCGGCUUUCCACGCUUCAUUUCGCAUGAAAUGCUGCACAGGCGACCUUUCAUCAAAGAGGAUACAGUAUUUUUGCGGGUUAAAGUGGAUCCCAGCAAAAUUGUGGCGGUCUAAGGGUUGGACGCUUUGACGAGUUUACAGUGCAGUUCUAAGUGCGUGUGUGAGUGUGUGUAUGUGUGUGCUCGUGCCAAGCGCAAAUUAACGUUUGGUGUAAAUCAUUUUUUUUAUAGACAUUCAAACAAAUACUGUGUAUUUAAAGUAGCAACUAGCAAAGUAAGUGAGUGUAAAAGACAAGAAAAAUUUAUUGUCUCCUGUCGACGAAGAACAAAAAAAUCGGUAGCUUCGCGAGCGUAGACUUAGGAGCUACAUUGCGCGCAAGCAUAGAGAGCAGUCUGACUAAGUAACGGAAGCUUGAAAGAGAAAGGAAAAAUCUUACGGUGUGUUGAAGAUUUUAAUUUCGUUAAGUGGACCAAUGCAAGUCAAUUUUAUAUAGGCAUAUACAAAUACAUACAUAUAAUUUAAAAAUCAUAUUUAAGUGGAUUUACUAAUUAUGUAAUUUUAUAUUUACUGCAAAUAGAUACGCAGUUUUCAAAAAAACGAAAUCAGACCAAAGUUAAUGCAACGUAAAAAGCAGCAAGAAAAAUUAAUAUAGAUUAGCAAUGUAAGCAGAUGACUCCGCACGGAAAAUGGAAUUUGACACACACAAAAGUUCGUGUCGUAAGUCUUUUGUUAUAAAUU